CCUCACAAUUCUCUUUUGAGUUCUCCUUUUCUUACUAUAUUUCCUUGCUCUUCUGCACUUCGAAUUCUUCUAACAUAUGGCUGACCAAAUUCCAUUCGGUGUUGUGGAUCACAUUUUGAUCAAGUCAGGGUCCCUGGCUGUUCAAGAAAUUCGAUCCAUGUAUGGUGUUCCAAAGGAGUUAACCAAGCUCUGUGGGAAACUUGGCACCAUCAAGGCUGUGCUUUUGGAUGCUGAGGAGAAGCAGCAGCAGAACAAUCAUGCAGUCAAAGAUUGGGUCUGGAGGCUUAAAGGCGUUGUGUAUGACGCAGAUGACUUGCUGGAUGACUAUGCAACCCAUUAUCUUCAGCGAGGAGGAUUGGCAAGGCAGGUCAGUGACUUCUUCUCAUCUGAAAAUCAAGUUGCUUUUCGUUUAUACAUGAGUCACAGACUCAAGGAUAUCAAAGAAAGGAUAGAUGAUAUUGCAAAAGACAUCCCCAUGUUAAAUCUUAUUCCACGGGACAUAGUACUACACACACGGGCAGAGAAUAGUUGGAGAGACACCCAUUCAUUCGUGUUAACAUCUGAAAUUGUAGGAAGAGAAGAAAACAAAGAGGAGAUAAUAGGGAAGUUGUUGUCGUCCGACGGUGAAGAAAAUCUUUCGGUUGUUGCCAUUGUAGGUAUUGGGGGGUUGGGUAAGACCACCCUUGCUCAAUUGGUAUACAAUGAUGGAAGAGUGAAAGAACAUUUUGAGCCUAAGAUAUGGGCUUGCAUUUCUGAUGAUUCUGGUGAUGGUUUUGAUGUUAAUACGUGGAUCAAAAAAGUUUUAAAAUCUGUGAAUGUUCGGUUUGAGGAAAGUCUGGAGGAUAUGAAAAAUAAGCUUCAUGAAAAAAUAAGUCAAAAGAGGUACUUGCUAGUCCUCGAUGAUGUUUGGAAUCAAAAUCCUCAAAAAUGGGAUGACGUGAGAACUUUAUUAAUGGUUGGGGCUAUUGGUAGUAAAAUUGUAGUGACCACCCGAAAACCAAGAGUUGCAUCAAUCAUGGGAGAUAAUUCUCCCAUUAGUUUGGAAGGUCUGGAACAAAAUCAGUCCUGGGAUUUAUUUUCAAAAAUUGCAUUUAGAGAAGGCCAGGAGAAUUUGCAUCCAGAAAUUCUAGAAAUUGGAGAAGAAAUUGCAAAAAUGUGCAAGGGAGUUCCUCUCAUCAUUAAGACUUUAGCAAUGAUAUUGCAGUCUAAAAGAGAACAGGGCGAAUGGUUGUCUAUUAGAAACAAUAAAAAUUUGUUGUCACUUGGCGAGGAAAAUGAGAAUGUUUUAUCUGUGCUAAAACUAAGUUAUGAUAAUUUGCCUACUCAUUUGAGACAAUGCUUUACAUAUUGUGUUGUAUUUCCAAAAGACUAUGAGAUUGAGAAAAAGUCGUUGGUACAACUAUGGAUAGCACAAGGUUAUAUUCAAUCUUCAAAUGAUAAUAAUGAGCAACUAGAAGAUAUAGGGGAUCGAUAUUUUCAGGAAUUAUUGUCAAGGUCAUUGUUGGAGAAGGCGGGAAACAAUCCUUUUACUGCUACAUUAAGGUAUAAAAUGCAUGACCUUAUACAUGAUCUUGCACAAUCAAUUAUAGGAUCUGAGGUCCUCAUUUUAAGAAAUGACAUAACAAACAUUUCAAAAGAAAUUCGUCAUGUAUCAUUGUUUAAAGAAACGAAUGUUAAGAUAAAAGAUAUAAAGGGAAAACCCAUAAGGACCUUUAUAGACUGUUGUGGACAUUGGAGAAAGGAUUCAUCAGCUAUAAGUGAAGUUCUUCCAAGCUUUAAGUCCCUACGUGUGUUGAGUGUGGAUAAUUUGGCUAUAGAGAAGGUGUCAAUGUGGGUAGACAAAUUGAGCCACUUAAGGUAUCUUGAUCUUUCUCUUCGUGAUUUUGAGGCACCUCCAAAUGCUAUUACAAGGUUAAAGAAUUUACAAACACUAAAACUCAAUGAGUGUUGGAGUUUGAAGAGAUUUCCAAAAGAUACAAGAAAAUUGAUCAAUCUUAGACACUUGGAGAAUGGUGGGUGUGCUAAUUUGACUCAUAUGCCACAUGGAAUAGGAGAAUUGACAUUACUUCAAAGUUUACCAUUGUUUGUUGUUGGGGAAGAGAAAGAGUUGUCCAGGGUUCAUACAAUUGGCAGCUUAAUUGAAUUGAAGAGGCUAAACCAACUAAGAGGAGGACUACUCAUAAAAAAUCUUCAAAAUGCACGGGUAUCAGAAGGAGAAAUUUUGAAAGAAAAGGAAUGCCUUGAGUCUUUGAGAUUAGAAUGGGCCCAAGAAGGUAACUGUGAUGUGGAUGAUGAGUUGGUGAUGAAAGGCCUCCAACCACACCGAAACCUAAAAGAGCUCUAUAUAGGUGGCUACCGAGGUGAAAGAUUUCCAAGUUGGAUGAUGAAUAGCCUGCUUCCUAACCUAAUUAAAAUUAAAAUUGCGGGAUGUUCAAGGUGUCAAAUUCUACCACCCUUUUCUCAACUCCCUUCUCUCCAGUCUUUGGAUCUUUGGAAUAUGGAAGAGGUGGAGGGCAUGAAAGAGGGUUCAUCAGCAACAAAUGCCGAAUUCUUCCCAGCUCUUCAAUUCCUCAAACUCAACAGGAUGCCGAAGUUGAAGGGAUUGUGGAGGAUGGAGUCAGGAGCAGAGCAAGGUCCCUCAUUUCCUCAUCUUUUCAAAUUAGAAAUUGAAGGAUGCCAUAACUUGACAUCCUUUGAAUUGCAUUCAUCUCCUUCUCUUUCUACUUCAAAGAUCAAAAAAUGCCCUCACUUGACAUCCUUUAAAUUGCAGUCCUCUCCUCGUCUUUCUACUUUAAAGAUUGAAGAGUGCCUUCUCUUGUCAUCCUUUGAAUUGCAUUCAUCUCCUUGUCUCUCUGAAUUUGAGAUCAGUGAUUGCCCAAACUUGACAUCCUUGGGACUGCAGUCAUCUCCUUCUCUUUCUAAAUUAGAGAUCCAUAGUUGCCCAAAUUUGACAUCCUUGGAAAUGCCUUCAUCUCUUGGUCUUUCUCAAUUACAGAUCAGAGAUCGCCGAAACUUUAAAUCCUUGGAACUGCAGUCAUGUUCUUCUCUUGCUAUAUCAACCAUACAGUCUUACGAUAAGCUGAAAUCCUUGGAAAUGCCUUCAUCUCUUGGUCUUUCUCGAUUAGAGAUCAGUGAUCGCCGAAACUUGAAAUCCUUGGAACUGCAGUCAUUUUCUUCUCUCUCUAUAUUAACCAUACUGUCUUGCGAUGAGCUGACAUCCUUGGAACUGCCUUCAUCUCCUCAUCUUUCUAGAUUACAAAUCAGUUUUUGUUGUAACUUGAAAUCCUUAGAACUGCCUUCAUCUCCUGGUCUUUCUCAAUUAGAGAUCGAAUAUUGUGAUAACUUCACAUCCUUGGAACUGCAGUCAGCUCCUCGUCUUUGUCAAGUACAGAUCAGACAUUGCCAAAACUUGACAUUCUUAAAAGAGGUUUCAUUACCUAGUCUUGAGAAACUAUUCCUAUCUACAGUCAGAAGGGUGGUGCUCAUAAUGUUUGUCUCUGCUUCUUCUUCACUGGAGUCUCUGUUUAUUAACAACAUAGAUGAUAUGGUAUCUCCCCCAGAGGAGCUGCUUCAACAUCUUUCCACUCUCCACAAUUUGAAGUGCUCUGGUUUGGCAACAUCACCACACUGGAUAGGCAGCCUCACCUCACUUUCUGAAUCAGAGAUCAGUGAUAGCCCAGACUUGACAUGCUUAGAACUGCCGUCAUCUCUGUGUCUUUCUAGUUUAAAGGUCAAUGAUUGCCCAAACUUGACAUGCUUAAAACUGCAGCCAUAUCCUUGUCUUUCUAGUUUAAAGAUUGGAAAAUGCCCGAAGUUUGCAUCCUUUGAAGUGGCUUCAUUACCUUGUCUUGAGGAACUAAGCCUGGGUGGAGUUGGAGCAAAGUUACUGUCAAAGUUAGUGUCCAUCUUUGCUUCUUCUUCAUUGAAGUCUCUGUAUAUAUGGGAGAUACAUGAUAUGAGAUCUCUCCCAAAGGAUCUGCUUCAACAUCUUUCCACUCUCCAAACUCUCCACAUUUUGAAAUGCUCUCGUUUGGAAACAUUAUCACACUGGAUAGGCAGCCUCAUCUCACUUAGAGAGCUUGGAGUUCAUGAAUGCUGUCAAUUGACAUCACUGCCAGAAGAGAUGCGUUCACUCAGAAACCUGCAGGAGUUAUAUCUCUGUGAUAGUCUAAUUCUACGGAUAAGAUGCAGUGUGACAACAGGUGGAAACUGGUCCAGGAUUGCUCAUAUCCCACAUAUUCAUUUCUUCGAUGAUAAGGGAAUAAAGUUUAAGACUAUAUGAUAGAUGAUGUGCACUAAACUGAUCAUUUUACUAGGUUCUACAUUCUAAGGGUUUGAGGAAAUACUGAGAUCUGAUAUGAUAUAUCUCCCAGAGGAGCUGCUUCAACAUGUUUCCAUGAUCUAAACUCUCACCAUUAGACAUUGCUGUUUUUGCAACAUUACAACACUGGAUAGGCAGCCUCCCCUCAGUUAUAGAACUUGGAACUCAUGGCUGCCAGAAGAUGCUAUGAUGUCUCCCAGGGGAGGUACCUCAACAUGUUUCCAGGAUCCAAACUCUCAAAUUGAAUUAUGCUCUGGUUUUGCAAUAUUGCAGCCCUGGAUAGGCAGCUUCACCUCACUUAUGGACCUUCAUAUUUGUGACUGCGCUGAAUUGACAUCACGGUCGGAAGAGAUGCAUUCCCUCAAAAGCCUGCCAACACUCAAAACCUUUCAUUGUUGGAACCUACUUGAAGAUGCCAAAAGGAAACAUUUCAAGUUCAAGAAUAGAGAGAGCCAUGCUUGGUGCAGAUUCCAUCAAUAUAGAGAGACAUUUCAGAUUUCAUCUUGCAUUAGACGCGUGUGAAUAUUUCUUCUUGGCUCAACUUGAAAUCACUGCCUACAUUCUUCCAUUUCCCAGCUCAAAA